UCAACAUUCCAGUGCUGACAUAUAAAAAGGGGUUGCUCUUCGCUGGGUCGCUAUCAUCCUCAGCAUCCGGCAUAGUGACUGUAGAGAUGGCAUUCGCACUUCGCUUGUUGCUCCUCGUUUGCGGAGUCAGUGGACUGUUGACUGGAGUUUGGUCAAGGAGAAACAAUCACGAGAAAUGGCACAAUUCUUGUCCUAAAGGCUGGACUCGGCUGGGCGGUCGCUGUUUCGUCUUUCAAGACCACCGCUUGGAGUUUGCCGAUGCAGAGACCGUCUGCAACAUUCUUGGUGGGAAUUUAGCCUCCUUCCACAGCGCUUUGGAAUAUGCCGCAGUUCUCGAAGUGAUUCGGGAAGCCUCGGACCCAACUGUCGAUGUGUGGCUCGGACUUCACAAGACAAUCGAGGAUGCCUUCUUCUGGACCGAUGGCUCAGAAUUCAAUUUCAACGCCUUUAACAAUAACAACAACCCUGGAGAUUGCUUUGAGAUUGAACGCAGCGACGAUCUCUGGGACAACGACAACUGCGGCGACAGGAACACGUUUGUUUGUGCCAGACGUGCUGACCAAUGCAGCCACUGAUGAGCCGGCCGACCUUCAUAAAAUCGAUCGUGUCUGUGUUCUUUAAUAUCUGUGCUCUCAUCGUAUUCUUUGAUUUGCUAGACGGUCUGUACUUUUUCGAACCACCGACUUAUUCAUUUAUUGCUGUCAGUCAAAUACGUUUGACAAAGCAGGAUAAACAAAUGUCUGUCACACAAUAGAGCGUUUUUUUUCUUUCUUU